AUGAUUCGCGACUUUGAAGCAUGGAACGCCAGCAUUGGUGAGCUCAGCGAGCUGCAGGAGCUCAGCGGCUGCCGCGUGGCUAUCGAAGCCGCGCACUACCUCCAGCACCGCAUUCUUAGCCAUCCCCGCGCCAGAGAACCACUUGUGCCUGCCCUCGGCGGUCUGCCGCUUGGCAUGAAGCAGUACAUCGAGGAGGACCUGAACACAUUCGAGGGUCUGCAGAUUGAACCCUGGUUCGUCUUCAGCGGCCUGGACAUUACAAAACAGGACGACCCUUUCCAGCAGAAGCAACGGGAAGCUGGCGUGAACACGAUGGCCUGGAAUCUGUACGAUGGCAACCAGGCCGAGGCUUCGGUUGCCAAGUUUGGAGAGUCGACAUACGUUACGCCCGAAGACCUCUUCCGCUUCCUACAAUCCAUAUUGAUUGAGCGCAAGGUCCACUUCCAGGUCGCUCCAUACAGCGCCUGGGCCCAGCUGGCGUACCUUGAGAAGGAAGCGUUUGUCCACGCGAUAUCAGGCGCAUCUGAAGUUCUCUUGUUCGAGUGCGACAAGAUCGUCACAUCAUGGAACCUCGAGGACAAGACCUUUAACUGGACGAAACGAGCAAAGUGUAUCGCCGACUUGGAGCGAUUCGCGAGCAGCGGCAGAGUCACCGAGGACGUCUUUGUCGAUGCGCUACUACUUGCUGGAACGCCAUUUCUACCAACCUUGCCAAACCUGAGCUCGCCCAAUAGAACUGAGCUUCUCAAACCACAUGGCGCAAUCAAGAUGAUCAUGAGUAGCGGCAGGACCGGAUACUCAGUCGUGGUCAACAACAAGGAUGACCCACGAUUUGGAGACUACGUCGACAGGUAUUGCAAGGCGCGGCUGGCGGUGAAGAACCACCCUAUCCUUACUGUUGAGGGCAAGGUUGAGCCCCUGAAUGCGAGCCAGAUGUCCGCCGAUGCGAACCAGUUCCUAGGCCAGCGACUUUCGGACGAGCUCCACUAUCUGCAGUCCAAAGGCAUCAUCAAUUCGCACCUCCUGCAAUGGCGCACGUCUUGCGAGAUACAUGAACAGCCCCCGUUCGAUGGCGGCGUGGCAACGGAAUAUCAAAAGCUCGUCAGCACCAAGCUCACACCACUAAGGACAACAGCAAUCAACUUGCUCUCAACCUCCCUCCACAACUGGUACAGGUACAAGGACUUGGAGCUGACAUGUUGGUUCCCAGACGCUGCAACAGGGAAACCGCAGAAGAGUGCAAUCUCUAUGAGAGGCUUGCCCGAACAUCAAUCGAUCGUUGAGACAUGGAACGUGAAGGAGGCGAUUUUCAAGGACGUUGUAUCUCAACAUGAGGGCAAUGGGCCUUUGGGUGCUGCUAUCUUGUCAUUGACAAGUGACGAGUUUAUCGCAAAAACAGUCGCGAAGAAAGACACUUCAAACCUCCUUUCAACAGCAGACGAGAUCUUGUACAACUCGAUAUGGCGGUACCUUGCUGUGCGCGAGUAUGUAGAUGCUAGUCACAAUUUGACCACCUGGGGCUAUGUCCUGGCGCAGACUAUCGCUUCGUUGGACGGCAAAGCCGAGCUUGAGGAGAGUGCUGUACUCGCUGUGGAAUUGCUACGGCUCGAGGAUCUGAACGGCGAUAUCAAUAUGUUCCCGUACAACGGAGCGCCCAUGCGUGGCAAUGCGAAAGACCAGCAUGCGAACAUGCUAAUCUCGCGCGUUGCUGGGCUCGGUACUCUACAACAUAAGCCGAUCGGCUUUACAGGCCCGCUCAGCCAGCAUCUGCUUGGGUACGGAUCAGUUGUGAACACUGUCCGCCAGGCGCUACGCGACCUUGUCGAGGCUACUUGCACACAACUAUUCCUGACCGGGUGCUGUGAACGAAAGACGGAUAUUUCUGAGUUAAUAACAAAAUUACCAUUCCUCCUUCCCAACAACUGCGCGCUCGGCAUUGGCGUCAAAUCCUACCUCGACGAGCUCACAAACGACUCUAACCCCACUUCCACAGAGUCAAAAGCACGGGUCAUCGAGACUGUGUCCACCCGCUAUUUCCCACAGUCAAUAGACUUUGACCGUGAUCUCCGAACAGCGUUCGCUUUGUGGGACGCUGUUUACGCUGGUGUCAAAGCUUCUGGGAGCAACAUAUCUCAACAAAACAAGACGCUGUGGACCGAGACUAACGAUUGGCUGCGACAACGUCGCUAG